AAGUGAAGAAGUGAAGCCUCACAGCUGAACUACUAUGAGGUCAGAAGCCUUGCUGCUAUAUUUCACACUGCUACACUUUGCUGGGGCUGGUUUCCCAGAAGAUUCUGAGCCUAUCAGUAUUUCGCAUGGCAACUAUACAAGACAGUAUCCGGUGUUUGUGGGUCACAAACCAGGGCGGAACACCACACAGAGGCACCGGCUGGACAUCCAGCUUGUCAUGGUCAUGAACAGGACCCUCUACAUUGCUGCUAGGGACCAUAUUUAUACUGUUGAUAUGGACACAUCACAUACAGAAGAAAUUUAUUUUAGCAAAAAAUUGACAUGGAAAUCUAGACAAGCUGAUGUAGACACAUGCAGAAUGAAGGGAAAACAUAAGGAUGAAUGUCAUAACUUUAUUAAGGUUCUCCUAAAAAGAAAUGAGGACACACUGUUUAUCUGUGGAACAAAUGCAUUCAACCCUUCUUGCAGGAACUACAAAAUGGAUACCUUGGACUAUCUGGAAGAGGAAUUCAGUGGAAUGGCCAGGUGCCCCUAUGAUGCAAAGCAUGCCAACGUUGCAUUGUUUGCAGAGGGAAAGCUGUAUUCUGCCACAGUGACCGACUUCCUUGCAAUAGAUGCAGUCAUAUAUCGGAGCCUUGGAGACAGCCCAACUCUGCGGACAGUUAAACAUGACUCCAAGUGGUUGAAAGAACCAUACUUUGUUCAGGCAGUUGACUAUGGCAAUUACAUAUACUUCUUCUUCCGGGAAAUAGCAGUGGAGUACAACAGCAUGGGAAAGGUAGUUUUCCCAAGGGUGGCCCAGGUUUGCAAAAAUGACAUGGGAGGAUCUCAGAGAGUGCUGGAAAAACAGUGGACUUCCUUUCUCAAGGCUCGGUUGAACUGCUCGGUUCCUGGCGACUCACACUUCUACUUCAACAUUCUGCAGUCAGUCACAGACGUCAUACAUUUCAAUGGCCGGGAUGUUGUUUUAGCAACAUUCUCCACUCCCUAUAAUAGCAUCCCUGGCUCUGCAGUCUGUGCCUAUGACAUGCUUGACAUUGCCAAUGUAUUUACUGGGAGAUUCAAAGAACAGAAGUCUCCAGACUCCACAUGGACACCGGUUCCUGAUGAACGAGUACCCAAGCCCAGGCCUGGUUGCUGUGCUGGCUCUACAUCAUUAGAAAAAUAUGGAACGUCUAAUGAGUUCCCAGAUGAUACUCUGAACUUCAUCAAAACACAUCCACUGAUGGACGAGGCUGUGCCUUCCAUUGUCAACCGACCCUGGUUCCUGAGAACAAUGGUCAGAUAUCGGCUGACCAAAAUUGCUGUUGACUCUGCUGCUGGGCCAUAUCAGAACUACACCGUGGUUUUCUUGGGAUCAGAGAAGGGAAUCAUCCUGAAGUUCUUGGCACGGACAGGAAACACUGGUUUCCUAAAUGACAGCCUUUUCCUGGAGGAGAUCAGUGUUUACAAUCCUGAAAAGUGCAGCUAUGAUGGCAUGGAGGACAAGCGGAUCAUGGGCAUGCAGCUUGACAAGCCCAGCAGUGCGCUGUACGUCGCCUUCUCCACCUGUGUCAUCAAGGUUCCCCUGGGACGUUGCGAGCGUCACAGCAAAUGCAAAAAGGCCUGCAUAGCAUCCAGAGACCCGUACUGUGGAUGGGUGAAGGAGAGCGGGCUGUGCACGCAGACGGUCCUUGGCUCCAAACUGGCAUUUGAACAGGACAUAGAACGUGGCAAUACAGAUGGCCUGGGUGACUGCCAAAAUUCCUUCGUAGCCCUGAAUGACAUUUCAACUGCUUCACCUGAUCAUGAAAUGUCUUACUACACAGUGUAUGGACACUCCAGUUCCCUAGUCCCAAGCACCACCACUUCUGACUCUCGCGCUCGACAGGGUUAUGAUGCUAGGGGACGCAUGCUGGAUUGGAAGGAUCCGCUUGGUUCAUCUGAAAAUACAGAUCCAUAUGUGGCAGUUUCAUCCCAUAAUCAUCAAGACAAGAAGGGAGUGAUCCGCGAGAGUUACCUGAAAGGUCAUGAUCAGCUGGUGCCAGUCACCCUGUUGGCCAUUGCUGUUAUUCUUGCUUUUGUCAUGGGGGCCGUCUUUUCGGGAAUCAUAGUGUACUGCAUCUGCGACCACCGCCGCAGAGACAUGGCUGUUGUGCAGAGGAAGGAGAAGGAGCUGACCCACUCCCGCCGUGGCUCGAUGAGCAGUGUUUCCAAGCUCAGUGGCCUCUUUGGGGAUGCUCAGUCCAAGGAGCCAAAGCCUGAAGCUAUCCUCACGCCUCUAAUGCACAAUGGCAAGCUGGCUACCCCAGGCAGCACUGCCAAGAUGCUAAUCAAAGCUGACCAGCACCAUCUGGACCUGGCUGCCCUGCCAACCCCUGAGUCCACCCCAACCCUGCAACAGAAGAGAAAGCCCAGCCGAGGCAGUAGGGAAUGGGAGAGAAACCAGAAUCUCAUCAAUGCCUGCACAAAAGAUAUCCCCUCGAUGGCCUCACCAGUGAUUCCAACUGACCUGCCGCUCAGAGCUUCUCCCAGCCACAUCCCCAGUGUUGUGGUCCUGCCCAUAGCCCAGCAAGGUUACCAGCAUGAGUACGUUGACCAGCCAAAAAUGAGCGAUGGGGCUCAGAUGUCCGUGGAGGACCAGAACGCCACCCUUGAGUACAAAACUAUCAAGGACCACCUCAGUAGCAAAAGCCCCAGCCAUGGAGUUAACCUGGUGGAAAAUCUCGAUAGCAUGCCACCAAAAGUCCCCCAGCGGGAGGCUUCCCUGGGGCCCCCGGGUGCCUCGCUGUCACAGAGCGGGCUGAGCAAGCGGCUGGAGAUGCACUCCUCUGCUUACAACGUGGACUACAAGAGAAGCUACCCCACAAACUCACUCACGAGAAGUCAUCAGGCAUCAACCCUCAAAAGAAACAACACUAACUCCUCCAACUCGUCCCACCUGUCCCGCAAUCAGAGCUUCGGCCGGGGUGACAACCCGCCGCCGGCCCCGCAGCGAGUGGACUCCAUACAAGUCCACGCGGCUCAGGCACAGGCUGUGACUGUAUCCCGGCAGCCAAGUCUCUCUGCCUACAACUCACUGACGAGGUCAGGCUUGAAACGCACACCCUCGCUAAAGCCAGACGUACCUCCCAAACCUUCCUUUGCUCCGCUUUCCACGUCCAUGAAGCCCAACGAUGCGUGUACAUAAUCAGAGGGGGAGGGGGAGCAGGAGGAGGAUGGCAAUUAAGCCGAAGUUGACAUUGAAAGCCAGUGUUCUGCAACUGUUAUCACACGUUCCUCUGAGAAGAUGGUUGUUGCAAGCUGAAGCUGUGUUGGAUUUCUGCUCUCUGGGAAAAGUGGAAUAUUUUUUUAAACCCGAGCCAUAUGACCCAUGGUUGAAGGUUUGCAAUUGCAGGAUUCACCCCCACAACCUGCCAGUUCUUUGCUCAAAAGACUAACCCUCCAUCAAAAACAUUGAGCCAAAAGCACACAGGUGAAAAUGACUGUGACAUUUCACCCCCUGCCCCUAACUGCACAGUGCAUUCCUGAACUGGGAAAGAGUGCUCUGAAAAGCAAAACAAAUGUAAAAAAAACCA